AACCGUGCACCCACAUGACCUAAGCUACCCACAACGCAAGCACAGCCACGUCCUGGACUGGCCGGCUUGACUCCACCCCUCCUCUAGCUUCCCAGAGAAACCCGGCCACCAUCUUCCACAUUUUCAGGUUUGUCGAUUCUCGGCCCUUAUUAUCACGGUAGCUUGCCAUGGACGCUGGCGCGGUGGCUGGGUGCCUCCGGAACAAGACCGUCCUCGUCACCGGCUCAACUGGCUUCCUCGGAAAAUUGAUGGUGGAGAAGAUACUGAGAGUACAGCCAGACGUGAAGAAGGUCUACCUUCUGGUGCGCGCGCCGGAUGCCGCCUCCGCCGAGCAGCGUAUCCUGACCCAGGUGCUAGGGAAGGACCUGUUCAAUACCCUGCGGGAAAAGCAUGGGCUUGCUGGCUUCCAGAAGCUGAUCAAAGAGAAGAUAGUUCCUCUCGCCGGAGACGUCGGGACUCGCAACUUUGGGCUCGACAGCUCCAGAUCUGACGACCUGUAUCAGGAGAUCGAUGUUAUCAUCCAUGGGGCUGCAACAACUAGCUUUUAUGAAAGGUACGAUGUUGCUUUGGCAUCGAAUGCAUUAGGAGCCCAAUAUGGAUGCGAAUUUGCAAAGAAGUGUCCUAAUCUGAAAUUGUUGCUUCAUGUUUCCACUGCUUUUGUAGCUGGUACUCAAGAAGGACUUUUACUGGAGAAAGCACUCAAGAUGGGUGAAACACUACGGCCUGGUUACCACUUGGACAUUGAAGCUGAGUUGCAGCUGGUUGAGAAGGUGAAGGCUGAACUUGCAGAGGCUAAGAGUGGUAGUUCAGACCAAUCAUCAGAGAAGACAGCCAUGAAAGAACUUGGCUUAAAGAGGGCUUGCCAUUUUGGAUGGCCAAAUGUAUAUACAUUUACCAAGGCUAUGGGGGAGAUGUUACUUGAGCAGCAGAGGGGAGAUCUUCCUGUCGUUAUUAUUCGACCGACCAUGGUAACCAGCACUUACCAAGAUCCAUUUCCUGGGUGGAUAGAAGGGGCGAGGACAAUUGAUGCUCUGAUUGUCGCCUACAAUGAACAAGCAUUCCCAUGUUUCGUAGGUGAUCUCAAAGACACAAUGGAUGCUGUUCCUGCAGAUAUGGUGGUAAAUGCAACACUGGUAGCCAUGGCUGUUCACUGGAAUGAGAAAGGGCAAGUCAUUUACCACGUGAGCUCAGCAAUCCGAAAUCCUUUGACCGGUCAAGUUUUUGAGGAUGCAUGCUGGGAUUACUUCUCCAUCCAUCCUCGUGUACUAGAGAAUGGGAAACCCCUCGAAAACAGAAGGCCAUACCUGUUCAAGAGAUUCGCUUACUUUCGUGCAUAUCUGAUCCUGAUGUAUAAACUACCACUUGAGAUGUUGCAUGCAGUGAGCCUAUUAUUCUGUGGGUUGUUUUCCCAAUAUUAUAACAAGCACAACCGAAGAUACACCUUCUUAAUGCUCUUGGUCAAGUUGUAUGCACCAUAUGCCUUCUUCAAAGGAUGCUUUGAUGACACAAACUUAACAAGGUUGAGGAAGGAAGCAAAGAUGGACGGCAAAGAUGGUAGCCUCUUCAACUUCGACCCCAAAUCUAUGGACUGGCACUCAUAUCUCUUGAACGUCCACGUCCCAGCGGUCCUAAUGUACGGCCGCAAAAAUAAGGGAAGCGUAUAGAAAUGAGUGGAAUCUUCCAAUUCUUGAGAUGAAGGAUAAGAAUUGUUCUCCAACAAAAAUGUAAAUCAUACUGCUAAACAUUAUAUUUGUGUGAAGUGAAGACAUACACCAUGUGAUCUGUCUGUAUGUAUUUAUACUAUUGAAUUGAAUAAAAAAUACUCAUAGAUUCCAGUGCU